AUGCUUUCCUUUCCAUUACCCGACAUCCGAUAUCCAUCUGCAGCCAUAUGCCGAUGGCCACUUCCCGCUGAUCAGAACCCACUUCGCCCAGGGAAACUGAAACUGUCUAUUGCUAUGUCCGACGUGCAACAGAUGGACGAAAUACGAACCCGCCGGCGCCGAAGGGAGCGGCCGAUGCUCGUCUGCCUCGAAUGUCAUCGCCGAAAGCUGAAAUGCAAUAAGCAACGGCCCUGCGACCGGUGCACAAAGAAUAACCCACCACUCAGAUGCACUUACUUCAAACCAGCCGUCGGCUCCGCGCCGAAGCCUUCGCCCCGUGAGCAGCAACAAGCAUCCAAUGAUCCAGACCAAAGACCCAAUGCCAGUCAUAAGCCGGGGCACUCUGGCGAUCCAGUAGACGCAAGAUCUGGCAACAUAUCGUCAGCUGCACCCCGCAGCGCUUCAGCUGCUGAAUGGAGGGACAGGAGCCCGGAGGAGGAGGAUGGGGACUUUCCGACUCCUGAGCCCCAAGAUGGCUUGCUGGAAGCAUGUGGGAAUGCAGACGCACCUGCUAUGUCCGACAACGCCGGGGACACGACCGUAAAGCCGAGCAAACUCAAUUCCACAAGAACCUGGUACGGGCGUAGUGCCGUCCCCUGGCUUUUUCCAAAGUUUCAACAUAUCAUGUCUCUCAUGCGCCGAACUGGAUUCUCUUUACCAAGUGGCGAGUUUGCAACCUUCAACGACUUCAAAUCUCAACUCUAUCAGCGGCGGACCCUCUUUCUCGCAGAGGCACAGGGGCCCCAACUGUCCAUCUUUGAAGAGUUCCCACCCAGAAACACAACCGAGUGCCUAAUUCAGAGGUAUUUCCACACUUUUGGCUCAGUCUUUGCGCUCCUACAGAAGUCAACCUUCCAAGAUCAAACUCUGAAGUUUUGGGGAAAGCCCGAAAGCGUGUCAAUCUCCACAUGCAUACAAAUUUUGCUAGUAAUCGCCAUUGGUAACGGAACCAUUGACAAUGCCAGUGGCCGACUGCCGGACGCCAAAAUUGAGGGAUGGUGGCAUCUUAUUCUGGCAUGGCAGGGCGUCGCACUGCGUUCAAAUCCUUGUGAUGUUGGCACGCUUCAAGCAUGCUGCCUGAUUGACAUCAUGAGGCAGGUUUACAGUCUGGAUUCUGCUGCGACUUGGUCCUCAUCCGGUAUGCUGGUGCGAAAUGCCAUGUUGGCAGGUCUACACCGCGAUCCCUCCGUCACAGGCGAUUGCCCCUCCAAGGAUGAGUUCGAGGCUCAGCAGAACCUGUGGUACACAAUCCUGGAGCUGGAUUUGCAAAGCUCAAUGAAUGAGGGUGUUUUACCAACGAUAGGCCCAGAUGACUGGGACAUGCCACUGCCAGCAGCGUCAAAACCGAAUGGAAAUAUUGAGGGAGUCCACUUGGAUGUCUCAUUCCCGGUGGGCUACUUGAUAUUGACCUUGAGGACGCGGAUGCGGAUUGCCAAAUUCCUCAACGACAUUAAAUGCUCAACGAAGUACGAAGAGGCUUCCAGUCUACAGGACGAGUUUGAAGUUCUAGCGCAUCCGCUGCUAGCAAAUGGCCCUUCUGAUCCUGCAAACUUUGCGUUGUGUCUGUCGACCAUUCUCUGUCAGAGAUCAUUACUGGCCCUUCAUGUACCGUUUGGAAUUCAAAGACGCUCCACAUUGGCCUUUUCAUACACCCUUUGCAUCAGUACCGCCAUUUCAAUCCUCGAGACUAUUGAUCCUCCCGACAAGCUAGCCAAACCCCAAGACUCGGGUGGGCUUGUGAACAUGAUGAGGACAUCCGGGUCUCUGUUUCGUACUGUGGCUCUGCAAGCGGUUCUAUUUCUCUGUUAUCAACUGGAGGCCUCCAUCAAGGACAACAAGCCUUGGACUUUGAUCGCCGAGCUCAGAGACCGGAUAAUAGACAUCGUCGACCGCUAUGCCCUCAUCGCUGAGAGAAGGCUGGCGACGCAAGACUUUGUUGGAAAGGCAUUCAUCAUCGCCCACAUGGUGUCGGCGAAAGCCAAGCUUGUGAGAAUGGGACACAGCGGCCUGGAAAUCGAUGCGGCCACUCCGGCUAUGGCCACAGACAUCGCCGAGGUUUGUUUCUCAAUCUUCCGCAACCGGCCAGAUAUUCCUGGCCCUGGCCAUGAAAACGCGGUUUCAAUGUCGCUUCUUGAUUAG